ACACCCAGCAACCGUGGAGUAAGAACUCACACCGCACUGAUCGUUCUACCAUUCUCUCACUUCUCGCACCCUUUCUCUCUCUAUCCCGUUCUCUCACUUCUUUAGGCCUUUUAAGUUGACGAACUUGACUGAAGGCGAACGAUAUUACCAGAAAAAUUGGGUUCACCUUUUUGCCCUUUUGUGACGUGUAAGAAUACUACGCAAUUUAAGCACUUGCCAACCAAGUAAACAACUCGCAUCUUUCUCCUAUGGUUUCUGAUUCUAUGUUAGAUUCUCUUUCUCGCUCCUUCGCUUCGUAUGUUAACCAUUCGUUUAUUUCUGGAUCUCUUCGUCAAUACCCAUCACUGGAACAAUAUUAUAUACCAUCGAAACAGGAAAGAAAGCGUUUUGGUUUUUGCACUGCAAAUCACAGGAUGACAGUUUCUUCUACAGAUAAUUCUGUUGAUACGUCAUCGUCUUCAAUUUCUGGAUGCAGGAAAAGUGCUCUUUCCGGACUUGCUCCCUUGGAAGCUGUACUAUUUGAUGUUGAUGGAACACUAUGUGAUUCAGACCCCCUUCACUAUUAUGCCUUCCGUGAAAUGCUUCAGGAGAUAAAUUUCAAUGAUGGAGUUCCAAUAACAGAGGAAUUCUUUAUUCAGAAUAUAGCUGGCAAGCAUAAUGAGGAUAUUGCAGUGCUCCUCUUUCCCAAUGAUAUUCCUCGAGGCUUAAAGUUCACAGAGGAUAAGGAAGCCAUGUUUCGUAGAUUGGCCUCUGAACAACUGAAGGCCAUAAAUGGCCUUUAUAAAUUGAAGAAAUGGAUUGAAGAUCGUGGACUGAAACGGGCAGCAGUUACUAAUGCUCCAAGACCAAAUGCUGAACUCAUGAUUUCUCUUCUUGGGCUUUCAGAAUUCUUUCAUGCUGUUAUCCUAGGUGAUGAUUGUGAACAUGCCAAACCACAUCCGGAACCCUACUUGAAGGCCCUUGAAGUACUCAAGGUGUCAAAGGAACACACCUUUAUAUGCGAGGAUUCUGUUUCUGGGAUAAAAGCCGGAGUAGCAGCUGGGAUGCCUGUUGUUGGUUUAACUACCAGAAAUCCUGAACAUGUUCUGAUGGAAGCCAAGCCAACUUUUUUAAUAAAGGAUUAUGAUGAUCCGAAAUUAUGGGUAGCUCUGGAAGAGCUUGAUAAAAAGGAAGCUGCUGAAAAACCUGCUGCUUGAAUAAAUUACUUCACAAGUUCAACGAUUACUCUAAUAAUUGUGUUGCAGAAGAGCAUCUGCAUCUCUUAAAGGCUAAAAAGCUGUUUCAGAUUUGGUACCAUAUGAUUGAUAGGUCAAGGAUGAAAUCACCUUGUUCACUCUAGAUGAAUUUUUUUUUUUUUUUUAUUUGCCAUGAACCAUGCAUCUUUGCAAAAGAAUAUGGUAAUGGCAUUACAGGUAAUUUUUAGAAGUUUACUCUAAUUUGUUUUAAUAGAGUUACUCGACCUAAAGUUUGUUUUGUUUUGGAAGAAGUAACUGUAACGUGUUUUCAGGUCACCAAAUAUAAAUAAUCAUUCUAGAUAGUAUCUUCAAUA